CUUCUCGGCUUCUUUGCUGUUGCCGCCGUCGCUGUCGCUGCCGCCGUCGUUGCUGGGGGUUUGGGAGAGCCGGAGCUGUUGUAGACCCUGAGGAGUCUGUCUGUUUUGCUGAUUUUGCUUGAGGAGACUUCCUUCCUACGUCACACCCUGACUCCGGUGGUGUCGAGGGGGAGUCUCUGCGGACACCUGGGCACGCAGUGGCGAUGCCUCUCUUUGCCACCAAUCCCUUCGAUCAGGAUGUUGAGAAAGCAACCAGUGAGAUGAAUACUGCUGAGGACUGGGGCCUCAUUUUGGAUAUUUGUGAUAAAGUUGGUCAGUCUCGUACUGGACCUAAAGAUUGUCUUCGGUCUAUUAUGAGGAGGGUGAACCAUAAAGAUCCUCAUGUUGCUAUGCAAGCUCUGACUCUUCUAGGAGCAUGUGUAUCAAACUGUGGCAAAAUUUUUCAUUUAGAAGUAUGUUCAAGAGAUUUUGCUAGUGAAGUAAGCAAUGUAUUAAACAAGGGUCAUCCUAAGGUGUGUGAAAAAUUAAAAGCUCUUAUGGUUGAAUGGACAGAUGAAUUUAAGAAUGAUCCACAGCUUAGUCUGAUAUCAGCAAUGAUUAAGAACCUUAAGGAGCAAGGAGUUACAUUUCCAGCUAUUGGCUCUCAGGCUGCAGAACAAGCGAAAGCAAGCCCAGCUCUGGUAGCCAAAGAUCCUGGUACUGUGGCCAAUAAAAAAGAAGAAGAAGAUUUAGCAAAAGCCAUUGAGUUAUCCCUGAAGGAACAAAGGCAACAGACAACCACUCUUUCCACUUUGUAUCCAAGCACAUCCAAUCUCCUAACUAACCACCAACAUGAAGGCCGAAAAGUUCGUGCUAUAUACGACUUUGAAGCUGCUGAAGAUAAUGAACUUACUUUUAAAGCUGGAGAAAUUAUUACAGUUCUUGAUGACAGUGAUCCCAACUGGUGGAAAGGUGAAACCCAUCAAGGCAUGGGGUUAUUUCCCUCAAAUUUUGUGACUGCAGAUCUCACUGCUGAACCAGAAAUGAUUAAAACGGAGAAGAAGACGGUACAAUUUAGUGAUGAUGUUCAGGUAGAAACAAUAGAGCCAGAGCCAGAACAAGCCUUCAUUGAUGAGGAUAAAAUGGACCAGUUGCUACAGAUGUUGCAAAGUACAGAUCCCAGUGAUGAUCAACCAGAUCUUCCAGAGUUACUUCAUCUUGAAACAAUGUGUCACCAGAUGGGACCUCUCAUUGAUGAAAAGCUGGAAGAUAUUGAUAGAAAACAUUCAGAACUCUCAGAACUUAAUGUUAAAGUAAUGGAGGCACUUUCAUUGUAUACCAAGUUAAUGAAUGAAGAUCCAAUGUAUUCCAUGUACGCAAAAUUACAGAAUCAGCAGUAUUAUAUGCAGUCAUCUGGUGUUUCUGGUUCUCAGGUGUACCCAGGGCCUCCUCAAAGUGGUGCUUACCUGGUUGCAGGGAAUGCGCAGAUGAGCCAUCUCCAGAGCUACAGUCUUCCCCCAGAGCAACUCUCUUCUCUCAGCCAAGGAGCAGUUCCACCCUCCGCAAACCCAGCCCUUCCUAGUCAGCAGGCCCAGGCUUCUUACCCUAACACAAUAGUCGGUUCUGUUCAAGGAAAUACAUAUCCCAACCAGGCUUCAGUUUACAGUCCUCCUCCUCCUGCUGCUGCUGAUGUCUCUGUUUACCAGAAUGCAGGAACUAGUGUUUCCCAGGUGCCAAACUACAGUUUAACAUCAACACUGCCUCAACCAGGAGGCAGUCAACAGCUGCCUCAGCCACAGCAACCAUAUUCUCAGAAGGCUCUGCUAUAGGACUUGUGAUCCCUCUUUGUGGCAAAUUUCUGCUAAAUGCCACUGACAAUGUUACGAGAUUGUUUAUUAUCUUAAGGUUUGUGUAUCCUCAGCUUAUAGGAAUCAAUCUUGGUCAACAAGUUCAAGUGUUCAAGAAGGUAGAACUCUCUUCAAUUUGCACUGACGUUUUAGAGGUUCUCCCCUAUAUAUAGGAUAUAAACAAAAAAGGAAUGAAACUACUUAGGUUUAGUUCCUUCAUAAUAUGAAAGAAUUGAUAGAAGAUUAUUUGUCUCCUAAAAUUACCUGGUCUGCAAGAAGUCAAAAUUACAAAAGCUGUUGUGGCAAAUCUUAUGUACAUAUUGUUGUGUAACUUCAUUAGUAACCAUUUUGAAUCACAGUGGUGAUCAUGUGAAUAUAUUUAACAUUGUUAAAUUAAUUUGCAUUGCUAUUUUAUUUUAAUCAUGAACAACUACUGUGUUUCAUAAUAUUUUGUUUAGAUUUAAGAUGAUUACACUGUCCUUUUAAACCACAAGAGAACAAAGCUGUAGCAUAUUUACAUAAAGACAUUAUGUUGUCCUUGUUUCAGUUUUGCAUUAAACAAUUCUUCCUUUGACUAAUUGUGAGCUGAACAUAUGUAUAUUAUGUCUUUGUGUAGCCUCUGCAUACUACUAGCUGUCAUCACACCAGCAUACAGUAGCUACAUUUUUGGUGCAGUUAAAGCAAAUGAUGAUGCUCCCUUUGAAACUUACAUUUUGGCAUGGUAUUUCAGAAUAUUGUGGGACCAUGAGACAAAAUUAAGUGGGAUCACAUUCUUUAUAUCUUAUUUUUAAGGAAAUAAUGUUGAUUUACUUUUUCCUAGUUGAAGAUAGUAAUUAGGUUUCUAAGCUGUAUACUGUGUUUAUUGGUGGCAGUGACACCAAAGAUAGAGGCAUUGGAUGGAAGUGUUUAAACUGGAAUGAAAAAAACAUGAAUUACACUACUUUUCAAAGUCUCUUGUCAUUAUUUAGGAUAUAAACAAUUUGAUUCAUCUGUCUUACCCCACUACUAGUCUUUUAAAUAUGUCUUUAACAUAUUGUAUCCUUUAAUUCUUCAUUAAAAUGAAUAUAAGUAGA